AUGGCGCUCGUGCUUGCUGGGAAAACACCGUUGAUUCCACCGUCUCAGGAAGAGGAUGACUUGCUGGUGCGAAGUUCGAAGAAGAUCAAGAAUGGGCCCAAAGAUAGUAGUGACAAUAUCCUCAGGGGCCACUGGCCAAAGGCAGGGUCGAAGAGUUCUGAAUAUAAUAUUGGAGGGCCCUCGUUUGCAGAAAAGCUGAAAGGUGUAGAUAGAAACAAUGAUCAUUCUGAUGAUGACAUUGAGAAUGCGGACGAGGAAGAUUCAGACGAUUCUAUGUCUGAAGGUUCUCAACAAGCUAUGGAACAGGAGAAGGAUGAACCAUUAUGCAGAACAAUAGAGGAUCCUAACAAGAACUUCCCUAUGUUUUCUUUUUCUGGGAAAAUGAAGAAAAAGUUGUAUAGAGCUUGGAGGAAGGCAGUGAUAGUUAAGCUCUUAGACAGGUCUAUUGGUUAUAAAGCUCUCCAGUCACGUCUGCAAUCCUUGUGGGCAAAAAGAGGUGUCAUUAACCUCAUUAAUAUUGGUUAUGGCUUCUUUGUUGUGAAGUUAUCAAAUCGAGAAGAUUAUUUUAAUGCACUUACAGGAGGCCCUUGGAUGAUCUAUGAUCAUUAUCUAACUGUGAGACCAUGGGAACCAAGGUUCCAACCAGCUAGAGCAACCAUAGACAAGGUAGCAGUUUGGGUCAGGAUGCCAAGGGUGUUCUUAGAAUGCUAUGAUGAGGAGGCCUUAACAAUUAUUGGUAAUCGAAUUGGAGAAACUAUUAAAGUGGAUAUGAAUACCUCUUGUCAGCUAAGAGGUCAUUAUGCUCGUAUUUGUGUUCUAGUUGAUUUGGGGAAGCAGUUAAUGUUGGGAUUUUCAUUAGAUGGAGAGGAGUAUUACCUUGAGUAUGAGGGGCUCCAUAUGCUCUGCUCAAAUUGUGGUAUUUAUGGGCAUAAAAGUGAAGUUUGUCCAAAAAGAGAGAAAGAACAAAGAGCAGAAGGAAAUCCAAAUCCAAGGGCAACACAAAUGAAUCCAAAAGAGCAGGAAGGUGUGGUUAUUCAUGAAAGCAAAAUUACUCAAGACCAGUGGCGGGUGGUUCAUAAACCUCGCCGGCAAAGAAGAGUGAAAGAGAACAGGGGAGAAGCUAACCGGUCAGAAAAGGCCGGUUCUCGAUUCGGGGUUCUAGCUGACGUGGAAGAGCAAUGGCAUGAGGCAAAGCAUAACGAGAACGUACGGGAUGAGGUUGUGUAUUCCGUACCUGAGACACAGAAAUGGGCACAACACACUAAUGCUGUACGAGCUUCAAAUGGAAAGAAAAAAAGCACAGGGAGAAGACAGCAGGAAAGAGAAAAUGUUGAGGGAGCGGCAACAUGGGAAGCAAACGAGAAGUUAAAGGAGCAAGUGAUUUCGAGGGAGACAAAUGAGAAAUUAAAGGAGAUGGAGGUAAGUAGAAAGUGUGAGAAGAGGACAAGGGAGAUGUUAGGGCAUGAAAUGAGAAGCAAUGAAAUUCUGAUGAUCACUAUGGAAGAAUGUAACGAAAAGACAAAUGAGGGGAAGAAUAUACCGGAGGGUGAAUUAGUGGAACGUGAGGUUGUGAACAUGAUGGAUUUGGGCCCAGGAGACAAAGCCCAACGUCCAAAGUCCUUCACUAAUUUGGAUGGGAUUAGGAUUGAGGAGGUGGAUCCAGGUGAUCCUAGUAUUAGGCCUCCUUUUAACAAUCCAACGAGCUUGAUGCAAGAGGAUGACUAUGUCGAGAUCUCUUAUAUUGGAACACAAGGGGAGCCUGUAGUAAGGGGCUUCUCAGAAAUCUUAAAGCUUAUUGGAAGAUCUGGGGGAAUUGUAGCAGCAUGGAAGAGUAACAAUAUUCAGAUUAAUGUUUUGGUUGAGAAUCAACAAUUUUUCCAUUUGGAUUGUGAGAUACCAGGUAAAUCUUCUUUUUUCCUCACUGCCAUCUAUGCCAUUCCUCAUUCAAAUAAUAGACAGCUACUCUGGAAUUCCUUGCGGCAUUUUUCUUCGGCAAUCUCAAAGCCUUGGGUGGUUUAUGGUGACUUUAAUGAUAUUUUGCAUGCUUCAGAACGGAUUGGAGGGAGUGGGUGCAACUUUAGUCGAAUUAAUUGGUUUCAAGAUAGAGUUCGAGAAUGUGGGUUAUCUGAUUUGGGGUUCAAUGGACCGCGUUUUACUUGGAAAGGACUGAAGAUUUCUGGGUGUUCUCGUCUAUACGAACGUCUAGACAGAGCUUUUGUGAAUGAUGAGUUUCUGCUUCGAAUUCCAGAAGGUAGUUUAAAGGUUCUUCCCAGAACUCUCUUCUCGGAUCAUAAUCCUUUGGUUUUAUAUCUUCCUACUCAAAGUAAUGUUAAUAGAGGGAUAAAGCCUUUCCGCUUUGAAGCAAUGUGGCUUCAACACGAGAACUUUAAAGAUUUUCUGUGUGAAGCCUGGAAAAAUAAUGGCAUUAUCUCUGAGUCGUUAGCUGAUUUAAAGAAUGAUCUUUUGGAUUGGAAUAGAAGCACUUUUGGUUUUGUUGAACAGAAGAAGAGAACAAUUUUGAGUAGGUUGAAAGGAAUCCAGAACUCCUCGGCCUAUCCUUUUUCUCUCUUUCUGCGUAACCUGGAAAAAGAGUUACAGUCUGAUUUAGAACAAUUAUUGAAGUGGAAGAGAUCAAAUGGUUUCAAAAAGCCAGGACUGAGUGGAUUACACGAGGUGAUAGGAACACUAGAUACUACCAUCUCAGGACUAAGUUAA